UACCAUCUCACAAACAAACAGAGUUCCCGCAGCUGGAGAUUCCACCUGAAUCCUAAAGUUUAGCUCACAUCUUUGCCUUUUUCGCACUGUCCCAGUCAUGGAGCGUCUGAAACUGGUUUUGCAGUACUUCCAGUCCAACUCCGAGUCCAUCUCUAAUGGAAUCUGCAUCAUCCUGGCGCUGGUCAGCGUCAAGCUCUACACCAGCUUUGACUUCAACUGCCCAUGCCUUCCUCAAUACAACAAGCUGUACUCUCUGGGGGUGAUGAUCGUCCCUCCCAUCAUCUUCUUCUUCCUGGGGGUCUUGGUCAACCGACACACAGGCGUCAUGAUGGACGAGUGGAUGAGACCAGUCGGGAAUCGAUCCAAAAACCCUGCCGUGGUGAAGUACCUCUUCUCCGCCAUGCUCCAGCGGGCGCUCCUCGCUCCCAUGGUCUGGAUUCUGGUCACUUUGUUAGAUGGGAAGAUUUUCAUCUGUGCUUUCAGCGUCACUGUAGACCCUGGGCUUUUCUCAGGUGUCCCCAACAACACGGGCCUGGAUGUGAUUAAAAUCAUGGCCAAGGUGCCCUGCAAGGAGGAUGUCAUCUUUAGGAACAGCUCCUUCCGUAAAGCCGUCUCCAGAUAUGUGCGAUGCUACUCUCAGGCAGUAGGCUGGUCCAUCCUCCUGUUCCUUAUCGUAGUAGGAGCACUGGGACGCCUCAUCAAGCCCUGCUUUGAUGACCACGCCGCUUUCCUGCAGACACGGUACUGGAGCAACUACCUGGAUGUGGAGCAGAAGCUUUUUGAUGAAACCUGUGUCCUCCAUGCCAGGGACUUUGCCCGCAAAUGUGUGGUCCAGUUCUUUGAGGACAUGACAGAAGACUCCAUUCUUCAUCUGCCACAUCCACCCUUCAUCACCAAGGCCAGCGAGAGCUGGGAGGACGAAGAGGACAGACUCCAUGGGAUAACCAAGCAGGAGCAGAUGGACCAGCUGCUCAACAAGUGGUACUACAGCAAACCUGAACUGGACGUGACCAGGAUGGCUCACAGACCGCGGCCGUGCGUGACCUGGGAGGACCCCGGAGGGAAGACUUUAUACUCGGAUGUCUGACUCUGGCAGCUUUGGUGACUGCAGCACGGAGGUUGGAAACAUUUCCUGGAAAACACCGGAAUUUAAAAUAGGAAACUGUGGUUAUGGAGAUGACCUGUUGAUAGUUUAUAUCCUAAUAAAUCAUUGGUAUAUCGAAUGCAGACGGUGGUGUAUCAGUUUGUGAAAGAAUUGGUUCCUGAUACCGACUGGAGCAACUGAUCCUAAAAGGCUUCUUUAGAGACGCUGAAGCUUCUCCUCUUUCUAAACCUCCAACUUCUCCAAAAAAAUAAUUUUAUCUACACUUCAAAGUCAAGAUUUGAUCAGAUCUUCUGUUGUUUCUUAGAAAAAGCAGUAUCUCUGUAGGAAGGUGGGGUGUGAGAGGUUGCUACGCUUCGGGACAAAGUUAGCUUUUCUAAAAAAUCCCUCAUGUUUUGUUCCAAGUGAAGGUCUUUGGUUAAGAGUCAGUGAAACAUUUGAAUGUUUCUGGGUGGGGAUGCUUUGCAUAGAGGGUUACAGACUUAGGAAGGCAUGCAAAUCUACACUAACUGGAGGGGAGGGGAGAUUAAAAAAAAAUGAGC